AUGAAGAGGGGGAGAGCGGCCGGACCCGAUGAGAUUCCGAUAGACUUUUGGAAGAGCACUGACAAGGCAGAUUUGGGAGAGAGUAGUGAAGAUGAGGGUGAGCAGAGGAGUGUCAAUAUUAUAGAAUCAGUUGAGAUUCAUGUCGGAGCGAGGUAUCUGGAGUCUAAAGGUGUCUCGAUGGUGUAUAUUAGGGCGAUAAAGGGCAUGUAUGUUGGAGACAAGACUUGGGUUAGGAUGGUGGGAGGUGACUCAGAGCAUUUUUCUGUUGAGACGGGACUACAUCAGGGAUCUGUGCUGAGUUCUUUUCUUUUUGCCUUGGUGAUGGAUGAGCUGACACGAUCUAUUCAAGAGGAGGUUCCAUGGUGUAUGUUAUUUGCGAACGACAUAGUUCUGAUUGAUGAGACUAAUGGACAGAGUUAA